AACGGCAAUACAGGACGAGGUGGUACUUAGUACUUACACGAAUUAACAGGAACUUCUCUCUAAAUGGUAAACAGACGGGGAGUCUCUAGCGGAGGAGUCACAAAGGUUCUUCGAUGGAGAUGAAUAGAAGAGAAGAAGGAAGAGGUCGAGGUUCUCAAAUUGAGAACCCUAGCGGCCCCAAUAACAAUGGUAGCAAUCACAGCAAAGCAUACAAGGGAAAGUCAUGCAAGGGAUGCCUAUACUAUUCUUCUGUUCUCAAAACCAAAUCCCGGAAUCCAACCUGCGUUGGCAUACCCAGAAACCUCCCCCAAGUACCUAGCUAUAUGGUGGGAGAAACUGAGUUGGAAGCUUCAAAAGAGGGCCGCAAACUUACAGACUUCAAAUAUGCUUGUGUUGGGUACUCAAUAUACUUGGAAAAUAAAGAUUCUUCGACCAAUCAGAAGAAUAGACCGGCAGAAUUGCCGUUGUGUGUUGGUCUCGAGGUGUUGCUGGAUAAACCUUCAACAGCUAGGCGUGUUCCUGCUCAUGUUCAUAAGAGUGGAGAUGAUGGUACUAUUUCCGAACCUCGAACGCACAGGCCAACGACUCAUUCCCCAGGGGAGGACUACUUAAGUAGGUUUAGAAGAAGUGCAGGCCUCGUUGCAUCGGGAGUUGCAAGAAAUGCCAACAGAAUUGCCAACCACAUAAAGGAGAGUCUGGAUGAUAUUUUCUUUAGACGUCCCAAAUGAUAUAAAUCAAGAGUGGAUCACAGUGUGAGAACUGGCAUUCUUCAAUUUGUGCAAAUUGAGGUUAAAUUAUUUUUGUUUUACUUCUAAUUAUGUCAAAUAGUGCUACUGUAGAGCAACAAAGGGAGGGUGUCAUCUUUCACUUUCUGUAACAAAGAGAUUAUGAUUGUAAUAGAACAAAGGGCACUUCCUCUUUUAUUAUACAUUAAUUAAUCUCAAAUGAAUGAUUUAUCUA